GGUGGCGGUAAAGACGCAUCUUCAUGUCACUGACUUUCACAAGAAGAAGAAACGGGCGGCGCUUCUCUGCUCUGAUUGGACAACGUACCACACGAUUCGUAGCGUCAUACCCGGAAGAAUGACAUUUUUAUUGUUGCUAACAUUUCAGGUCUCUUAAUGCGAAGAGGACACAAACGUCAUCGGGACCAAAAUGGCUUCCUACUUUGAUGAACACGACUGUGAGCCCACGAACGCUGAGGAGCAGUAUCGACAGAACGCUCUCCUUGAGCUGGCCAGGUCUUUAAUGCAGGGCCUGGACCUGCUCGACUCAGGCACGUUCGACCUCUCGGACUGGGACCAGCGACUUCCUCCUCCAGCUGCCAAAACUGCUGUUCAGACUCUCACUGUGGUCGUCAUUUCUCCAGAACAAGCAGAUAAAGGUCUCAAGUGUCCCGUGUGUUUGCUGGAGUUCGAGGAACAAGAGACGGUUCGCGAGAUGCCUUGCAAACACCUUUUCCACUCAGGAUGUAUUCUGCCCUGGCUGGGAAAGACGAACUCCUGCCCGCUCUGUCGACUUGAAUUACCGACCGACAAUCCAGAAUAUGAGGAGUUUAAAAAAGACAAGGAGAGAAGAAAACAGCGGGAGCACCGGCUGGAAGAUCUCCAUGGAGCCAUGUACACAUGACCCGACAGCACUGUGGGACAAAAGCCUCAGGAAAUGCAAAAUGCUGCAUUCACGCCAUUUCAUACAGAAUGUAACUCAGUGCUUGUUGAUGAGAAAUGUCGUCCAUCAGCAUCACGUUUGUAGCUACGAGUCAGAAAUUUCCCAAGAACUAUGAAGAAAUCACCGUCACUGGAAACUCCAGCUAAAAGAUUCAACAUUACAAACAUGUAAAACAAUAAAAACAAAUAAUUUAGUCUUAAUUUUUUUAAUCUGAUGUGACUAACAGGCUGACUCUUAGGAUAACCAUCUCAGAAUCACAUCUGACUGCUCUGGUUUGCACAUCACACUUCUCUCAUGUGACUUGGUGUGAAUGCAGCAUGAAGCAACAGGCUCGUUGAAAAUGACAAAUGCUUGUUUUAAGUUGGUUAAAUGCUGUUUUCUUGCUAGUUAGGAUGAGUAUAUUUAAAGAGGAGUGUGCUGUCGAAGCAUUUCACUUCAGAUUCUUUAUUCCUUUGUUGUACAAAUACGAGCUUUAAACGCACAAAAAGAUCUUUGUCUAAUCGAUAGAAUUAUUUAAAAACAGACGUUUAUUUUAAUCAGCACCUCCUUUUUUUGUUAUGGACUUUUUCCACAAGAGUAAUGUUUAAAACAGAGAAUUUUAAAGUGCAUUACAGCAGUGUAGUAUAAGUAGUGGAAGCACUUGUCUAAAGUGUUGGUGCUCGUCAAAGACAGAUUUAAAUCAAAGCAACAGACUUUUAGUUCGUAGUUUUACUCAGUCUCAAACCGUCCCUGCUGCAUUAUUUUGGAUCCCGCUGGUUUUCUUGCAGGACCCUUCCUACUCCGCCUCUGAUUGGUUACCGUCAUCAGUUGCGUUCUCCACUCAAACGGUUCUGAAACUGUGGUUUUGAGCUGUAGUUUCCCCGGUAAACCCACCGACCUCUUCAGCCUCCUUUCUGAGCUGCUACUGCUGUUCAUUCAUUCUCUAGAAGUGGUCUUCGCUGUCAGAGUGUGUCGCGGCUCGUUGGGCUGAGCGAACAGGACGGGUGUCGGCCAGCUAGUCCAGAGACUCUGCAGCAGAGACAGCUGGAGAGGUCGGUGUAUUUACCGGGGAUAGUACAUCUCACACUCGGCUUCAUCAGCUCCACCACUGGCUGUUUUGUUUUCUAAACUGCAAGAAAAACAAAACUCAUUCAAAUCAGAGAACCACUGAACAUGCAGUCAGGUCCUUGUGACAAGUCUUGCCACCUGACAGUCAUCUUCGCAACGUCUCCAGGCAGUACUUUCAGACUAACAAGACCAGAAGCACAAAAAUCAUUCCGAUUUAACAGUUGAAAAACUUGUUGGACACAUUUAUCACGGAGCACCAGGACCAUAAGGCCGGCGAGGCGUUUGCAGUACAAAAACGAUAGCUGGAAGCCAAAUGAAGCGAGGCAGGAAGGGUCCUGUUAGCAGUGGGAUUCAUAAUAACACGUCCCUGCCUGGUAAAUACUCCAAAGCCCAGUCUCACACAGGAUUUCUGUUAACUUGAAGUCUGCAAGCCAAAGCAGUGGGAAUUUAUUUUUCUAGACUAGACUGAAGAUGUUACACAACUGUUUCCACCAGCUGAGUAAACUGACCUUUAUGUGUUAAAUUGGUGGCAUUCCCCUUUAACUUGUCCCAUGAUGUUGUUUUGAUGUGUGAGAGAGUCUGUUCUCUCUUCUGGCCGAGACAGAGGAACAAUCUGAUUUGGUUUUGAUGCUUUUACAUCAUGUGACGCUCGCUAAUUAUAACCGCAGCAGAAAUCUGUGGAAAAUAUUCGUCAUGAACACAAAAUACUGGAGCUCUUCAACCGGCAGUGUGUAGAAACUGUCUGCAUGUUCGUCAUUCUUUAUGUCGUCUGCUCAAAAGUUGUUUCUGCUUGCAAAUAAAAAGAUUUUUAUGUAAAGAAAUGAC